GAGUCCUGCAGGCGACUUUCUUCCCUCAGUUGUCGGUCGGCUCGCGUCGAGGAAGGCUCGUUGUCGAAGCUCGCUUCACUUGUCCAAUCACGUCGCUCAGUUCCAUCCAAGUAUUACACUUCGCGUUCCCAAAAUAUUUGUGUGAUUUUAUCAUAAAGUGCUUGGGAUUAUCACCGUUAUAAAGUGUGCGUUAGGCGAGGAUUGUGGGGGAAGGGGGUGAAAUGGAAGGGGUAAGGUGGUGAAUGGUGGUAGGUGGGUGGGGGAUUCAGCCACCAACCAAGAUGCGUCAUCAUCGGUGUGUCGCCAUCCUUCUGCUGAUCCUCUCCUGCUGUGCCGGGUUGGCUCGAACAAACCCCGCUUCCACUAGAAAAGUGGAGGUGAAACGUGACCACUGCAACAAAACGGUGGACAUCUAUGAAGACGUGUCAAGCCCGGAGGUGACCCCGGAGAACGUGGGUCGACCCAUGACCUGCUGGUACCGGUUCCGCUCGUUCCGGGGCACACCACGUGAUUGGAUAUUGCGCAUACGCUUCAAAAAGUUCAAAGUCGGCACACUGGUCAACGCCACGUACUGUCACAAUGGAUAUAUGCAGAUAGUGGACGGCAACGCGAAAACAGAGCUGAGCAACCGGAAAGACCCGGGGUUGUUCUGCGGGGAAACUGAGCAGGCGCAAACGUUCAUCUCGGAGACGAGUUUCGUGAAGUUGCUCUUCCAUGUGGACAACUUCACCGAUCAGACCUACUUCAGUUUCGAUUCGAGGGCUGAACAACAGUUCGAUGUCUACCUCAGAUAUGGACAGCAUCCGGAACUCUAUCCCAAUCGCAGGGGACAGGUUGUGCCUGGGUCGUACUGCGAGCGGGUUUUCCGCGACUGCCGCCUGCAGACGUGUUACGUGCAGAGCCCCGCCUACCCAGGCGUGUACCCGCGCCACCUGCACUGCGCAUACCACCUCAACACGCGGCUGCCCUUCAUCAAGCUCUACAUCGAGAACGAGGAGUUCAACAUCGACGGCCAGCGAUGUGAGAACAUCAUGACUUGUCCCAUGAGGCCCAUUUCCUCAGGGGCUGAGCACUGUCCAUACGACUACAUAAAGAUCUAUGAUGGAAAGGAUGCGUCAAGUCCGGUCAUUGGUACUUUUUGUGGAAUGGGCAAAUUUCCAUACUCGAUUAUUGGGACCAGCGAGGAUCUGUUUGUAGAGUUUAUCAGUUCACAAGCAGGUCCACUCCUGAACUCGGGCUUCCACUUCAACGUGGGCAACUGGCCCGGUCACGUGGAAACGGCGGGCAGCAGAAACGGCACCUGUGAUUGGCUGCUGACCAGCCAGGACCUGGCCUCUUCUGGCAAAUCAGAGGGCAUCUUCCUUUCUGUGGCGCACUGGUAUCCACCUCACACCUCCUGCACAUACCUCAUUCAGGGAUCGCCUGAUCAGAUUAUUCGUCUCUACUUUCCCAGUUUCCGCAUCAAUAGGAUAGAAUCGCCGAUCAUGCACUUUGACGGGGAUUGUGGAGAGAGCCUGACCCUGUACGACGCAUCCUGGCCUGAUGACUCCCGCAUCAUCAAGACAUUCUGUGAUACUUUUUCUAGAGCUAUGGAAAAACACGACUUCGUCUCAACCGGCAAUGCACUUUUUGUUCGAUUCGAGAGUAAAACUGGAAGUUACUCUGGGUCUUCACUGUACUACUGGGCGCACUACGACUUCUUCAACAACACGAAGUCGGGGCGACCGGUGGCGGACACAGAGUGCGACGAGGAGUUCGUCAGCUGGCAGUCGGCGUCCGGUCGUCUGCGGUCGCCACUCAACACCCUCGUCUACAAGCGGACAGAGGGGGCGGGUGACCUGCGCUGUCGCUACCGAUUCGUCACCGACCGCCGGCUCUUUUCCAGGCUCAUACUCACGCUCACCGCAAUCAAUUUCAAGGACAAUCCGUUCAACUCAGCGCCCUGCUCAAACUGCUGGGAAAGUCGGCUGGACCGGCUGAUAGUGUGGGAGCCAGCACUGACCAACAGCAGCGAAACACCGACCUCUGCUGCGGCCGGCAGCCAAUGCCUGUGCAAGAGUUCAACGACCCCGCAACAGCAGCAGCCUGUGCUGCAGAAGACAGUCAGCCUGCCUCCCAUUGCCACUGUCAUAUCCUCCUCGGAGACACUCAAUUUGGAGCUGAUUGUAGACUCGGCACACUCAGCUUCUAGUUACUUCAAGCAUCCCGGCGCUCUUUUCGAAGCUAAAUACGAGUUCAUUCACGGCCCACUGUGCGGCCCGGCUGUAAUUCCUCCCAGCGAGGAGGGAGAACUGCACUUUCCUCACUACGAGGCACUCAGUUACGCUGAGGCUCCCAGGUCGGUGCACUGCAUCUGGGAGGUGCGUGUCAACCGAGAGAGGGAUGUCUGGUUGCACUUCGACAAGGUGCGUUUCGCAACACGCGACUGCCAGGAUGGCCGGUUGGACGUAUUCCUGCCGUCCCGGCCCGACCACCCGUUCCUGUCGAUCUGCGGCCACAACGUCAGCUCCAAGGACAUGCCACCGCUCACCUCCAAAGACCUCACUCCGCUCGGCGAUGCGUCGUCCGCGCAGCCUUCUGUGCGCAUCCAAUUCAUCGGCACCACAACGCCUGCGCGCGCCGCUUUCAAGAUCGCCUGGACGGAACUGUUCCAUCUACCUCGGAACCCCGACGGAACGCUGAUGACGUCACGACUGACCGAGACCGACAGUCAGUCGGCGGUUACGCAGAACGACUGCGAGUUCAUAUGUCCCGGGGAGACAUCGCUGUGUAUCCCGGCCAGGUUGGUUUGUAACGGGGUCAUAAACUGUCCUGCGCCGCCUAACCUCAACCCUCUCGCCAACCUAACCGUCGACGCGGGUGACGAAUCGCCCGAACUGUGUGCGGCUCGAACGGAGGCUCCCGAGGUCAACUGGCUGAUGGUGGGUCUCGGAGCCACCGCCGGCACAAUCCUCGGCGUCAUCUUCCUCUUCUUCAUCUGUCGAUGUUUCUGUUGCUGUUGUUGCUCGAAACGACAUGAUGACGACGAUGACGAUUACUGAUACAUAACCAAUGACGUCUCCUUUUUUACGGUGGACAGAUAAGUGCGGGAAGGUGGGAGACACAUUUUUAUGUACAGACUGAUGAUUUUUAAAACCAGAGUGAAUGAGGAUGUGACGUGGAAAUGUUUAAGCGAUUUGUUUGUAAAUUCUCACAAAAAUAAAACUAAUUUCUACUUAUAACAUUUUCUUUCAAUUACAGUUUUGUUGCUAAUUGGCCAACCCUGAUUUAAACUGAGUUACUGAAAUUGAAGUGAUACACAAAAUGAAACUGGUCACAACCUAUCACAUCGUAAUCAUUUAGGUGUUCAAGAUUAAUACAUUUUUCAAUAUCAAUAAAUAAUUCACAUUUUUAUUUUUAUGUUACUUUUCUCUUCUGUAGAAAACUCUGUAAAAACUCAAGUGGAUGGAAAUUAACGAAUGCGAUGAUUUUAUUUAUUCACUUCUUACCCAAUUUGAUCUUCAUUCAGAAUUAUAUAUUUCAAUAUUAAUUUCUUGUGUUUUAUUACAACGCUUUGAAUGUGAUGAACCAUCUUUAUGAUUUUUCAAUUCAUUAUUUUCCAAAAGUUCAAAUAAAUUUCAUAAAUUCAAAUUACAAUGGACUAAAUAAGGUAUAAUUUAUGAAACUGAAUUCCAAUUAAUUUUCUAUCAAACAUCCUGAAGACACAGAUUGAAAACAGGAGAGACUAGUGUCGUGAAAAACUUAUGAACGCUUUUCUAUCUGAGGACAAUGUUAUUUGUAAAUGCAGAGCUCUUCUGACUAUUUUAUAGCAUUUUAAAUUGCCAUUGCGUUUAAUUUAUUAAAUAUAUUCAAUUUGUUCAUUUUAUAAGUGUACCUAACGAUUCAGGGCUGAAAGAUAUAACCAGUGAUCAAUACUUGAGUGAAGAACAAAUGAAAUAAUGUUCAAGUGGUUUUAUAAAGGAAAAUGUACAAAAUGCAAUUUGUUGAAUAGGUAUGUGAAGUUUUCUGGAUGGAAUAAACAUAUUUUGAAUGUAUGUGUUGUUUGAAACUUACUAAUGACGUAUAGUAGAUAUCGUAAGUUGAUAUAGUUUUUUAUAAUGUGAUCAUGAAUGAGUGUAUGCUCUAAGAUAAAUCACACUGUAAGUUAUAUUGUUAGUUAUGUGUGAUGAAGUGAACAAAUCAAUUUAAUGAUAUCAGAAACGAUUUUCUAUGAACAAUAAUAAAAAAGUAUCAUGUUUAAAAUUAGAAGAUAAUUUAUACCGCAACUAGUUCUAGAUUCUCGAAUUUGAAUUCAAUCAUUUAUAAAUAUUCGAGAUUCUCAAAGUUAAUUUGAAUUUUAUCAUCUUAUAGAAUUAGAAUUGGUGAAAGUGCCUGUUUGGUAAAGUACGGCGGUAGAAUUAAUGCACCGGUAAAUCAUUACAUUAUUUAUUAAUUUAGGGUAGAUUUUUUGAAAUGUUUGUAGGAUCAAGAGUAGAGAAGAGAAAGUAUAGCAUUACAAUAAUUGAAUACAUACAUUCCCAAUUUCAUCACAUUUCAAACAAUGUAUUUUUCAUAUAAUAUCUUAAAGUUCAAUGUAUCGUCAAACGUUCGAACGUAUGAUUUCGGAUAACAGUAUUUAAAAAAUCAUAAAUUGAAAUUGUCUGAAUUUUUUAAAAGAUACGGAUGUGAUAUUAACAAUAUCAUGGUAUUCAAAUGAUAUACGGUACCUACAAAACAUUUGGAUAAAAUGGAAAUUAGCUAUCAUAAUAUCAAGUUUGAUUUAUAACAAUCUUUUAUUGUCAGAAAGAUUCCUAAUUUUAUUAUUUACAAUUAAAAUACAGUGUUAUUUUAGAGAACAAUUAUUAGUAUUUUACAUAAAUAAAGUUAUGGAAUGAAGGAUGGCAAUUUAUUUUAUAAAUUAAUAAUACAAAGCAAGUUCAUUUCCUCUUGAAAUAUAAAAGUGGGAGUUUCAUGUAAGUUUAUAGUGUGUGUAUACUGAAGAAAAUCAUCAAUUAUUACCUUUAUUAUUUAUAACUAAUAAAUUAUUUCAAUAUAAAUAUUUAUUGAAUAAAAUUGGCAAUCCAUUAAAAAUCAAACGCGAAGGAUGUUUAUUUUUCAUAUAUUGAUGAGAAAACCAGCACAAUUAGCCAACUCUAUUGCAGAAAACCUUUUCAUUGUUCAUUGGGCAAGUUUUGCAAUACAUUUUUUGUGCAUUUUUCAUUUAAAAAAACCAAUUCGAGUGGACUUCCAAUUUCUGAUCUAAGCUUUAGCUUAGUUAAUUUUAUGAGAUCUACCUCACAUAAUGUUUCUAAUUAUUCUUCAUUUAUAUCAAACAGUUGAUCAGUUC